UUGCACAAAAAUAACCCAAAACUGAAAGAAAAGCACAGACUGAUCCUCCGGCGAAACUAUUUCACCAAUCUAACCCUUUUGUGUGGCGCCCCUCCAACGGGCGCCACACAUGCCCAUGUGGCUCCCCUCCUGCCGGCGCCACUGUCCCAGCCGACGUGGCCCCCUCGCCGCUGAGCUGGUGCGCCCAUCCGACGUGGCAGCAUGUGUGGCGCCCCUCCCAACGGCGCCACACAUGCACUUGGAAUUGCCCAAAACAUACUGUGAGACAAAUCCUCUGGGACUUAGCCGUUUUGCGAGGCUCGAUGUGUGGCGCCGAUGCCACGGGCGCCACACAUCCACUUAAGUGUGGCGCCCGCGUCCGCGCCCAGCCCGACCCUCUCUUUCUUCUUUCUCUUCCUCUCUGCUUCUCCUCCCCAACCGCCGCCGCCGCCCGCCUCCCCUUCGGCCCCCCACCAAAUCGACCAAGGAAUCGUCAGAUCUAUCCGGCCAAGUCCUUCCUCCUCCAUUCCUCAAGGUAUUCCCCUUCGAUUCCCUCUGAUUCGUCCACUAUUGUUGGUGGAUUUGGUGGAUUUGGAUAUGAACCCUAGAUUUGGCUAUGUAGAUAUAAAAUGGCUAUGUAUGUGUUCAAAUUCUAUGUAUGUAUGUCUUGAAAUGUCUACUAUUUGUGAUGGAAUAACUCAUAUUUGAACCAAAUAUUUGUUGGAACCCUAGAUAUGAAUGUAUGUGUGUAUGUAUGGAACUCUCAUGUAUUUGGAUAUGAACUCUCAUGUAUGUGUUGCUCAUUUUUGUUAGUGGAAUGACUCAUAAUAUGUUUGUGUAAACAUGUAGGAUGGUGUGGCUUCUGGAUGAAGAGUACGACAGGGAGCACCGGGCUGUUCAUAUGACGGAGAGGGGAACGGAUCUUCACCCUUUGAAGAUUCGUUACCAUGGCACAGUGGAUAUACCGUAUGACGAGAGGUACACGGAGUUCAUCCAGCCUACCGGUCUUAUGCCGUUCAUAUCCCUUGUAAGCCGUGGGGGGCCGAACAUGAACCCCCCUGCACUCACCGCCCUUGUCGACCGGUGGAGGCCGGAGACUCACACCUUCCACUUGAGGGCCGGCGAGAUGGCCCCUACUCUCCAGGAUGUUUCCAUGAUCCUUGGACUACCUAUUCAGGGCGACCCACUGUGUAUGAACACAGCUUCUGAUGGGUGGCGCGGACAGAUGGAGGACCUUAUUGGCAAGGCUCCUCCGGCGCCAGCAAAUCCAAAGGAGAGAGUUCCCGCCGGCGCGUCUUUCUCUUGGAUCAGGACUAACUUUGCAGAAUGCCCGGAAGGGGCCAACGAGGACACUCGGAGGACGUACGCCCGCGUGUACUUAUGGUACAUGAUUUCGAGGACUCUCUUUCCUGACAGUGGGGGGAAGCUGGCCCAUUGGUGUUGGCUGAAGGCGCUUACUGUGUUGGACAGCCGGUGGAGUUGGGGAACAGCGGCACUUGCCUACCUCUACCGGCAGUUGGACGAAGCUUGUCGCAGGACUGGGAGCAGGACUGGGAGCGGCGGUAUUGGUGGAUGCUUGCUCCUACUUUCCGUAUGGAGCUGGGACCGCAUAUCAGUUGGGCGGCCUAGGGUACUCCAGGAGUCGCAUUGGCCUCAUUACCGGAACAACCCUGAUCGGGAGCCGACUUGGGCAUACCUUUGGGACAAUGUCUCGGAGAUGACGAGCGAUCCAAAGAUCAUGUACAGGCAGUACACUGCGGAGUUGGACACUCUUACCGCUGAGCAGGUGGAAUGGGAGCCAUAUGGUACCUACUACCGUAUUGGCGCGGGGAUGCCUGACCUCAACCAUAAGUGCACGGAGGAGGCGCGGUUCUGGCGUAUGCGCUGCCCACUCAUAUGCAUGUGGCUUGUUGAACACCACCAGCCGCAAAGAGUGAUGAGACAGUUUGGGCUGUAUCAGGAGUGCCCACCAGUGUGGCAAGACACGGACAAGGCGCUUCAUAGGUAAACUUCUGGAAUCAUGCGAUGGAAGAUUCUUGAUAGAAGAGGUACAAACUAACUUGUUGAUUCUUGCAGGCUUGAUAGACAGCGGCAGAGGAAAAUCACAAAUUGGCCAGUCCAUCAUAGCGGCCACAUCGCAGCGUUCCAACACUGUUUGGAAGCGGCACGGAAUGCUGGCCCUAAGCAGAUUGUGCCUCACGACUUCACCGCUUUCAACAACUACCUCGAGUGGUUCCAUGAGAACACGCGUAUCGAGUUAGUUAAGCACGCGUAUCCUGAGGAGAUCUUGGACGACCCCAUCCAGUUCGAUGAGGUUGGGCAAAGCCAGCACGACACCUUUGCUCGCAGAGGGAGAUCGACUUCUAUUGCUUCCGAGCUGAACUUCGUGGUAACGGAUUCUCUCACUAACUAGUACAUCAUCUAGAUUGCCAUGUGCUCGCUUCAAUUGUGUAUGCUAUGUUUGUCACAGCGGGAGGAGAUCCAAAAAACAGCUGAGGAGUGCGAGGUUAUGUGGGAGCAGAGCGGGAGAGAUGAAAAACCUGUCGGACCGUUGCGGUAUUUCAUUAAGGUAUGAUCACCAACUUUGAAUGUACGGUACUAUGAUGUGGUGGCUUUGUAACCAUUAACGGCAUGACGCAGAACACUGCACGAAAGAUGCGGCGGUUAGCCAGCUUGCUAGGUUGCCGGGAAGGCGAAAUCGCUACAUCUUCCUCUUCAGAAGAGCGGGAGAUUCCUGAGGACGACCUAAUUCUGAGUCAAGGCAUACUUCCAAAGCAUACCUCCAAGCAAGCCCCACGGUCAGCUUACCAGUUCAAGCCAAGGGGCAAGGCUCCAAACCGGUACACUCCGAAAGAUUAUGU